UCGAAAACAACAUCGCAUCAUGGAGCAACCCUCUUCGACAAAACGAAACUACGUUCCGUCGGCAAGUUUCGACGAAACGGUAGGCGACCCGGUCGUGGAAGAUAUGGAAGAGGAGCGCAAAAACUUCCUCAAAAUUAUCGCUGCCUUCAAAUACUACAGACAUAGCUCGGUGGCUGAGCUGAAACGUAAGGAAUGCUUCCUGCAAACCCUGCCCGUUAGCCAUCAAGAUAUGCUGCAUAGUUAUCAGGAGCAUUUGCGUAACCUAAAACGGUGCAUCGACAUGAACGCGCAGGUGAUCAAGCAAAUCAUACAGGAUGCGAACUGCCUGUUUCAAAAUGCGGACCAUAACAUUGAACCGGAUCAGCAACCUUCUGAGGGUCUGAAGAUACGUUAUCAGGAUUUUCAAAAGGUACAAAUAACGUUGAAACAAAUUUUCCGGGAUUGGAGUGAGCAUGGUAAACUGGAACGUGACCAAUGUUAUAAACCUAUAAUAGAGGAAAUAACUACAUUCUUCAAUGCUGCAAAAUAUGACAUUUCUAAGGUAAAAAUUCUCGUCCCUGGCGCUGGUUUGGGGCGACUGAUUUAUGAGCUCGCCUGUCAAGGAUUCUACUGCGAAGGAAACGAAUUUUCCCUGUUCAUGUUGAUUGCAUCGAACUUUGUUCUCAAUCGAUGUGUUAUUGAAAAUCAAUGUACAAUCUACCCCUGGGUUCAUCAGUUUGUGAACAAUCUUAGUAAGAAACAUCAGCUUCUGCCUGUUUCCUUCCCGGAUGUCAGCCCAACUAAAUUUCCUCCGAAAGGCACCAUGAACAUGGUUGCGGGAGAUUUUUUGCAGGUUUACCGAGACGAAAAUUACUGGGAUUGUAUCGCCACUUGUUUCUUCAUCGAUUGUGCCAAUAACAUCAUUGAGUUCAUUGAGGUGAUAAAAAACAUACUAAAACCCGGUGGUAUUUGGGUGAACCUUGGUCCACUGCUGUACCAUUUUUCGGAUGUGCCCCACGAAGGUAGCAUCGAACCUACCUAUGAGGAUCUGAUCGAGAUCAUUCGCUCUCUUGGCUUUAUUAUUCUUAAAAAUGAAACAGAUAUUGUGACUACAUAUUCCCAAAAUCCCAACUCCAUGCACCAAAGCCAUUACAACAGCAUAUAUCUGGUCUGCCAGAAGCCUCUCAACUGACCAACUAGCAAUACGUGUGCUACCCUCACUACAGAUCUCUUGAUUCUACUGUCCGGCACUAUCAUAACGUUUCAUGAAAUAAAUAGACAAAUGU